AUGGAGCGGUCGUGCGCGUCCCUGUGCGUACUGAACGUGGGGCGCAACGCGCUCGGCAGCGACGUGCCGCGCGCCGCCGCCGCAGGCACCGCGCUCGUGUCGCUGGGGCUGCAGGCCGCGCGUCUCGGGCCCGACGCCGCUCAGCCACUUGCCGAGCUCAUCCGCCACCACACCAAGCUCCAGGUGGGUACUUGUGCCGCCCCGCCCCCACCGCGCUCGUGUCGCUGGGGCUGCAGGCCGCGCGCCUCGGGCCCGACGCCGCUCAGCCACUUGCCGAGCUCAUCCGCCACCACACCAAGCUGCAGGGUGGGUACUUGUGCCGCCCCGCCCCCACCGCGCUCGUGUCGCUGGGGCUGCAGGCCGCGCGCCUCGGGCCCGACGCCGCUCAGCCACUUGCCGAGCUCAUCCGCCACCACACCAAGCUGCAGGUGGGUACUUGUGCCGCCCCGCCCCCACCGCGCUCGUGUCGCUGGGGCUGCAGGCCGCGCGCCUCGGGCCCGACGCCGCUCAGCCACUUGCCGAGCUCAUCCGCCACCACACCAAGCUGCAGGUGGGUACUUGUGCCGCCCCGCCCCCACCGCGCUCGUGUCGCUGGGGCUGCAGGCCGCGCGCCUCGGGCCCGUACGCCGCUCAGCCACUUGCCGAGCUCAUCCGCCACCACACCAAGCUGCAGGUGGGUACUUGUGCCGCCCCGCCCCCACCGCGCUCGUGUCGCUGGGGCUGCAGGCCGCGCGUCUCGGGCCCGACGCCGCUCAGCCACUUGCCGAGCUCAUCCGCCACCACACCAAGCUCCAGGUGGGUACUUGUGCCGCCCCGCCCCCACCGCGCUCGUGUCGCUGGGGCUGCAGGCCGCGCGCCUCGGGCCCGACGCCGCUCAGCCACUUGCCGAGCUCAUCCGCCACCACACCAAGCUGCAGGUGGGUACUUGUGCCGCCCCGCCCCCCACCGCGCUCGUGUCGCUGGGGCUGCAGGCCCGCGCGCCUCGGGCCCGGCGCCGCUCAGCCCCUUGCCGAGCUCAUCCUCCACCACACCAAGCUGCAGGUGGGUACUUGUGCCGCCCCGCCCCACCGCGCUCGUGUCGCUGGGGCUGCAGGCCGCGCGCCUCGGGCCCGACGCCGCUCAGCCACUUUGCCGAGCUCAUCCGCCACCACACCAAGCUGCAGGUGGGUACUUGUGCCGCCCCGCCCCCACCGCGCUCGUGUCGCUGGGGCUGCAGGCCGCGCGUCUCGGGCCCGACGCCGCCUCAGCCACUUGCCGAGCUCAUCCGCCACCACACCAAGCUGCAGGUGGGUACUUGUGCCGCCCCGCCCCCACCGCGCUCGUGUCGCUGGGGCUGCAGGCCGCGCGUCUCGGGCCCGACGCCGCUCAGCCACUUGCCGAGCUCAUCCGCCACCACACCAAGCUGCAGGUGGGUACUUGUGCCGCCCCGCCCCCACCGCGCUCGUGUCGCUGGGGCUGCAGGCCGCGCGUCUCGGGCCCGACGCCGCUCAGCCACUUGCCGAGCUCAUCCGCCACCACACCAAGCUGCAGGUGUGUACUUGUGCCGCCCCCGCCCCCACCGCGCUCGUGUCGCUGGGGCUGCAGGCCCGCGCGUCUCGGGCCCGACGCCGCUCAGCCACUUGCCGAGCUCAUCCGCCACCACACCAAGCUGCAGGUGGGUACUUGUGCCGCCCCGCCCCCACCGCGCUCGUGUCGCUGGGGCUGCAGGCCGCGCGUCUCGGGCCCGACGCCGCUCAGCCACUUGCCGAGCUCAUCCGCCACCACACCAAGCUGCAGGUGGGUACUUGUGCCGCCCCGCCCCCACCGCGCUCGUGUCGCUGGGGGCUGCAGGCCGCGCGUCUCGGGCCCGACGCCGCUCAGCCACUUGCCGAGCUCAUCCGCCACCACACCAAGCUGCAGGUGGGUACUUGUGCCGCCCCGCCCCCACCGCGCUCGUGUCGCUGGGGCUGCAGGCCGCGCGUCUCGGGCCCGACGCCGCUCAGCCACUUGCCGAGCUCAUCCGCCACCACACCAAGCUGCAGGUGGGUACUUGUGCCGCCCCCGCCCCCACCGCGCUCGUGUCGCUGGGGCUGCAGGCCGCGCGUCUCGGGCCCGACGCCGCUCAGCCACUUGCCGAGCUCAUCCGCCACCACACCAAGCUGCAGGUGGGUACUUGUGCCGCCCCGCCCCCACCGCGCUCGUGUCGCUGGGGCUGCAGGCCGCGCGUCUCGGGCCCGACGCCGCUCAGCCACUUGCCGAGCUCAUCCGCCACCACACCAAGCUGCAGGUGGGUACUUGUGCCGCCCCGCCCCCACCGCGCUCGUGUCGCUGGGGCUGCAGGCCGCGCGCCUCGGGCCCGACGCCGCUCAGCCACUUGCCGAGCUCAUCCGCCACCACACCAAGCUGCAGAGGUUAGAUUUACGAGAGAAUCGGCUCGGCAGCAUCGGACUGCAAGCGAUACUUAAUGCUAUGAAAGAAAACACGACUCUCACGCAAAUAGAUCUUGAUGAGCCGCCGGAAUCAUUAAGUUUAUCAGCCGAAGACAGCGAAAUGUCUCUUGUGAGACGCCUGACGCGCGAGAUCAAGACCCUGUGUCUUCGGAACGAGCCGCUGGCCAAACAAGGCGAAACAGACCCUAUGCACAGGAAGAUAAGUCUGACAUGCCACACCGCAUGUCUCUUGAGACAGGGCAUGGGAGGCGAAGAGGAGCGGCGCGGGCGUCUGCGCUCUCCCGCCCCCUCCCCCGCGCCCUCCCCCGCCGGGAGCCCCGUGCCUGCACCACACCCCAACUCACGAUUCUCGGUGACGAGGGUGACCCCUGAGCGUGAGUCUUCCUCCGACAGCUGUCCAUCGACACCGACCAGACCCACGUACUGUCACACACCUUCCAGAUUUAGAGUAGUGCAGGUCAUGGAGCCCCCCAAGAUACAAGUACAUCCGGCGUCUACACCGCGUAAAUCAGCCUCCCGAUUCUCGGUCACAAGGAAUUACGAUACCAUGUAUAAUCCUUCGCCGUCACCACCCGCCAGUCCUGCUUAUAAUUCACCAGUGAGGGACCCUGGAGCUGUGGUGACCACCACGCCAUCAACUAAAUCCCUCCCAGUGAUCCCCAAAGUGAUGACAUCGCCUGUUACAGUUUCUCCUAGUUUCAACCCAGCACCAAGUGUGACAGUAGCUAGAGAAGAGUCAGUAAGAGAUGAAGUGAGAAGUUUGGAAAGUAUAGACAAUAAAACGAAGGAUUUUAUUUUGCAUACUGACAAGUUACCUUUACAAUGUGAAGGUAUCAAAACACGAAGUUUGGAAAGUGAAGUUUUGAGUAAGUCUAAUUCGAAAAUCGAAUGUGAUAAUAAAACAAUAUUAGCGUCUAAUGUCCAAAGUAAUAUAAACUUGCCAACUUUAGUAGAUAAUAAAACAGACGUUCAGACUGAAUAUAAAUCACAUUCUGAUACUAAAACUCCAAAUUUACAAACUGAAGUUGCUAACAAAUCCAGUUUGCCAAGUGAAGUUGGCAACAAAUCCAGUGAUUUAGAAAUUGGGAAAAGUAAUGUUGAAUCAAUAUUACGACUUGACGCUGAUAGUAAAUCACGCUUGGUCGAUAUUGAAAAUAAAACGGUUUGCCAAAGUGAUAAUGAGAAUGUAGGCUUGCAAGAUGCACCGGGCUUACGGACUGAUAUUGAUAUAAAGCCUGUCUCGCAAGUCUAUAAACCACCAUUACAAAUUCAAGAAAUAGAAAAAGACAUUGUUAAACUAAAAGAAGCGACAACACAAGUUAAUCAAACUUCUGAACAAAUUGAGAAAUUAAAAGAUUCAUGUAACAAAGGAAUUGUAGAAAAAUCUGAUGAAUCUGAAACUACGCGUAUUUCACUCAAAUGUGAGUAUACUAUUAGUAUGUGUGUGCCUAAAUGUGCCAGUGAACUUACAAAAACACCUGUAUCUACAAUACAAAAUGUCCCAAUGACUGAUGUACUUAAAGAUUCUACAUGUAAAAAUAUGGCUGAUAAUUUAAAAAUUGAACCUCGGACGUUUAAAGUAGAUGCAAGUGAUAAAAACGCAGAACCUACACCAUCAAAAACACAUACAACUAUAGUUGAAACUUUAUCUGAACUGAAAAUUGAAACUACAAUUAUAGAUACAACAAAAUCUAGAAAUAUCGAUACGAAGGUAUUUAAAACUGAAUCUGAGAAUAAAAUCGUUGCUGAUUGUGAUGUUCACGACCAAUCUCAAGAAAAAAUGCUCGAAAUACAACAAUCUAGUGUAAAUAAAUCUACUAAUGACGGUAAAGAACCAAAUAUUAACGCAGUGAGUGAGACAAAAGACUUAAGUGACAAGGACAAAGUGAUAGAUAAUGUUAAAACAGUUACAAUUGAUUUAAAGUACAGUGAUGUCGUUAAAAAUGCAAUAAAACAUGAACAAAGCAAAACGACUAUAAAUCAAAUAGUUGCUAUAACAGAAGAUUUAGGUAAUAUAAUAAAGGAAAUGAAAACUUUAGUAAAGGACACCGUUGAUGGCCCUGUUAAAGAUAUUGUCCUGAAGAAGAAUAAAAGUGAGUCAAGUCUUGAUAGUCCCGAUCUAGAAGUUUCUAGACUAACAGAGAAGAUGUCAAGCGUUUUCGAUAGCAAUUCUUCUCUAGAAAUUUCUGGCAGUUCAAUGGAGAGUUUGAACGAACAUAAUAAAACGGUCCAAGAAUUAGAUAGACGAAAAUCUGGAGUUAUCCUAUCUGGGUCCAGCUUGGAAUCUGAUAUAACGCCAAUAAAUAAUAACCUUUUAAAUCUCUCAGUGAGUUCUAAUGACAGUGUAUCUCCAAUUUUUGGUAAAACAAGAGUGAUUCAUGAUUCGCUGUCUAGUUUAGAAGCUAGUGUUAGCUCCUUAGAUUCAGGGAAACAGGAAAAGAUUAUGGUGACUUCGGCAGACUCCGGAAUAGAAUAUUCACUUCAAAAUCCUUCUGAAAAUAAAGAAGAUAACUCCUCAAACGAGGGUACUCUGACAAAUAAUUCCAGUCUAAAAGAUACUGUCAAAAAGCCAGAAAUUCCUUUAGACAGUUUAACUGCUUCGCCUAAAAGGGCUUCCAGUCUGCUGGACGUCCCAGCUUUAAAAAACAAAGGGCUAGAUAGAAUGAGAAAGAUAUCGUGGGUAGCCCCAUCCUCUUCUUUCCAGGUUCCUAAGCCAGAUGAGAAAGAGACAAAACCCUCUCAUUUAGAAAAGCUUUUAAGUUUAUUCCAACAUCCUAGCAGCCUAUUUUCAAGAAAUUCGGGCUCAGACGAUGAAAAGAAAUCUGCUUCAAGUACACCUCCCCGAAAAGAUUCAUCUCUUUCUAGCUCAUUUUGGUCUUGGGGCUCUACAAUAGAAAGGGACAGGGAAGAAGAUAGCUCAGAAGCUACAGACUCUACUCUUUCAGAAAGAGUUCAAGUUUUCUUCGUAGACGAAUCGUUUUCCAGGAAGCUGGAUAGCAAAACUCCGUCUACCGAUACUGAUAAUACUCUAAGUGAGUUCCAGUCAUUCCCACAUGAAAGUGAGAGUGAUAGAGAUAGAGAGAGAGUUACCGUAACCACCGAAGAUAACAUAGUACAAAAACUAGAUUUAAGUGUAAAUAGUCAAGAUGUAGAUAUAGCCAAAAAUGGCGCAAUAGAUCUAAAAGAGAAAGAGAGUGUUAAUAUAGAGAAAGAUGAAAUAGCGAGACCUAGGUCCUUCGCAGCUGUAUUAAAGGCAUCUGGGUCGGAAAACUCUUUGAGUAAACAAAACAGUCCUGAUAAUGGACAAUCCGUCGACAAGCUACCUAGCAAGGUCAUACGAGGUAUCAAAGAAAAUAUAAGCCCCGAGAACACACUGACUUCAAGUAUGACAAACACUAAAACGUUGGCUGAAGAGUUAGAAAGACAAGUUAAGAACCCACCUGUAUUAGAGGUGUUGUUGAAAAAUGAACCCAAAGUUGAUGAAAUUAAAGCACCUAGUGAACUAGCACCUAUAGCCACAAUAGAAGAAACUGAAGACAUAUUUCCAAAGAUUGAGGAUGUGAAAGUAGAUCAAAAUGUAUCUGUAGACAGUGGCGUUGCCGAAUCCUACAAAAAGGACAAAGAAAUUGAUUUAGGUAAAGACGCGCUGUCAUAUCUUGUGUUUGAGAAUAGAGAUUAUGAUAUCGGCUCAGAAAAUGUAAUAAAAACAACAGUACAGCAAGGUUCUUUGGCCCAAGAACUUAAAGAUGCGGCAAUCAAAGAAAUUUUAGACCUAUCACCAGAGUUAGUUCUUGACGAGGCCGCCUUAGAUAAAACGGUUUUCACAACCAAAGAAAUUAUCGGACUUAGAACUUCACCAAUCAUCCCUGAGAGAGCUAAACUAAAGAAGUCUAACUCUCUAGAAGACUUAUCACAUAUGGAAGCAGAGAAAAGUAGUCCGAAAACUAAAACUAUAGUAUUCAAAGUACCCGAAAGUACUACUCCAAGGGAUAUCCCAGAAAGACGAGCGAAGUUACGAACAAGAAGCGGUUCAAGUCCAAAAUCUCUACCUGAAAGUUUAAACAAACCAUGCCCUUUUACAAAAAUGGAGUCCAUUCUAACGAAAAAGAAGAAAAAAGUAUCUUCUUUGGGGAAAAUAGCGAGAGAUUCCCUCCUCGCUUUGAACAUGAGUGAAGAAGAAAUAGCCGAGUUCAGACGUUCUUAUAAACUGACUUCGGUGGAGAGUUUGAGGUCCUUAGAAUCAGUGUCUGAGGAUGCCAAUUCUCAGAGCGGUAAUUCAAUAGACUCAAGAUGUAGGGCUUGUCUCCGGACUUCGCAGGAGAGUCUGAUGUCUUUAGAUUCAAUAAAUGAAGAUUGCAGAUGUACGGACGACUGUGAAAAGCAGGGGAGAUCUGCGAGAUAG